UGGACAGGGAAACUCGGUGAUGAUAUCUGUACCUGUUGGGGGAACAGCACAACUUGACUGUGCUGUAUUUGCUGAUCCUUUACCAUCUAAUGUAGAAUGGAUUUGGAGAAACAAGUACGGUAUAGAGACUGAGUUAGACAGUGCCAUUGCACACAUUGUGACGACCAGAGGAAACCAGAAAAUGAUGUCGACACUGACCAUACCGGAUGUUGCCGUGAGGGAUGGUGGAGACUACGUCUGCAAAACAACUAACAUGUUUGGAUCUGUUAUGCGGAAUAUUCACUUGGAGAUCGAAGAGUCUAUUCCAAAUCUUAUCAUCAUCACCUCCAUCACUGCUGGGGCGAUACUCUUGGUGACGGUGGCAGUAGUUCUGGUGAUCAUCGCCAAGAGAAGGGGCUGGAUAUGCAAGUCUCACCUAGAUGACACAAUUGAGGUCCCAUCCUCCCGCCCGAUGCCGCCUGUACCGAAGUACGUAUACAAGACCGGCACCAUUGACUCCGGUGUGGAGGACCUGGAGCUACAGGAGAUGUACGGUACACUCAAGCCUCGGCCUCCGCCACGGAUGGAGAAGAAGUGGGAGUCGGUUGGGCUUUCUUACUCCGGAUUAGUAAACUCCACGUACCCUCCACCUAACCCAUCCGUGUAACAGCGUCACCAACAGCCAGCAAGCAGGUGAACAAGAAAUGUCUUUUACAUAAUCGUAUGUGAACUCUGAAGAAGAGGUGAUAAAGAGAUGGCCCUUUUUUUACAUGAAUCUAUGACAGAACUAGAAAUCAUCACCGUGCAUUCAAAUCAAUUAAAUACAUU